AUGCGCAAUCCCCCCACCGCCAGGAGUCAGCCAAUGCUCAUGCCGAAGGGACAGACUGGACGGAGUUCUCGCAAUCUCAAAGACAAAACUAAGAGCCCACGUUUGAAUGGAGCCGAUCUGUACGUCGUAAGACUGGGCUGGCAGUGUGCGCCGAAGGUGUGCUGCGAAGAGCCAGACGAAGACGCCGCGACGCUACUUCCAUCACGCCCUGCCACAGGUUCAUUGCACGAGGAGCUCACCAGUCCAGAGCCGGCGAGGCCAGCACGCACCAAGCACCCGCCGCCUCCAAAAAAGGACGAGAAGCAACCGACCGUCCUGGCUUCGCGACCCUGCUACCGAUGCAUAUCGUACAUGUCAUCUGUGGGCAUCAAACGCGUUUUCUGGACCGAUGACAAGGGAGGUUGGGAGGGCGCAAAGGUGCGUGAUCUGGUCGAUGCGCUUGACAACAUGGGGUCGCAGUCGCCCACUGAUGCUUCGGUGGGACUUAACAGCGUCUUCGUCACAAAACACGAGGUGCUGAUGCUGCGCAGGAUAAUGGGGAAUAGCUAA